AUGGGAGGCGUCCUUGCGAUUCCAGCCCUUCUACUGCCCUCUGCAGCGACACUAUGGUCAGUCGGGGCUUCAUGCUGCGGUGCGGCAUCCUGUUCGAUGCUCUGUGGACCAUGCGGCAUGUCUAAGUUCCGGUCAUCCAUUGCUACGAGAAUCGCCUACGCCAUGAUCCUCCUAGUUAACAGCAUAUUAGCCUGGAUAAUGCUCACUCCUUGGGCUAUACGAAAACUCGAGCACCUCACGCUGGAUUACAUGAAUUUCAAAUGUGGCUCGUCCGAUUGUUAUGGUUAUUUUGCAGUCCAGCGCAUCAACUUUGCCCUUGCCUUAUUUCACCUUAUCCUCUCGGUCCUUCUUAUUGGCGUCCGAAGCACAAAGGAUACAAGAGCAGGUUUACAAAAUGGGUUCUGGGGUCCAAAGAUACUGGUAUGGCUGGCCUUUGUCGUCAUCUCCUUCUUGAUACCAGAAGGGUUUUUCCUCUUCUGGGGAAAUUAUGUCGCCUAUCUCGGAGCCAUGCUUUUCGUCUUAUUGGGUCUGAUUCUUUUGGUUGAUCUCGCGCACACUUGGGCCGAACUCUGCCAGGACAAGAUUGAUGAAGGAGACGGUCCAAAUUACAGACUGUGGCAAGUCUUGCUUAUGGGGUCAAGCUUGGGCAUGUACAUUGCAGCCAUCGCCAUGACAAUUGUCAUGUACAUCUUCUUCGCCAGCAGUGGCUGCAGCAUGAACAUCACCGCCAUUACUAUCAACCUGGUCAUGAUCAUUGUCAUCACGAUUCUCAGCGUCCAGCCGGCCAUUCAAGAUGCUAAUCCCAAGGCAGGAUUGGCUCAAUCUGCCAUGGUUGCAGCUUAUUGCACCUAUCUCACCUUCUCGGCCGUCUGCAUGGAACCGGAUGACAAGCAUUGCAAUCCACUCGUCAGAGCUCGAGGUGCUCGGACUACUACUGUCGUCCUGGGAGCCAUCGUUACUAUGCUCACUAUUGCCUACACCACCACUAGGGCGGCCACACAAGGGUUUGCCAUGGGCACAAACGCUGGCCAGAACAAAUAUGCUCAACUCAGUCAGGAUGAAAACGAGCAUGGUCUAGUUACUCAACAACCCGCAUCUCGUCGCGAAAUCAUGAGGGCAGCAGUGGAGAGCGGAGCACUUCCUGCCUCAGCUUUGGACGAAGAUUCUGAUGACGAAGACGACAAUACUGUAAGCUCCAAGGACGAUGAACGUCAAGGCACUCAAUACAACUACAGUCUUUUCCAUGUCAUUUUCCUCAUGGCAACAUGCUGGGUGGCGACGCUCUUGACCCAGAAAAUGGACCCGGAGAAUUCGAGCGACUUUACUCCUGUUGGACGUACGUACUGGGCAAGCUGGAUCAAGAUUAUCAGUGCCUGGGUAUGUUAUGCCAUCUACAGUUGGACGCUCGUUGCGCCUAUUGUGCUCGAGGGAAGGGAGUUUUCAUGA